CCGGGGGCGCGUGCAGGGCCGGGGGGCCUGCAGGCCUGGAAUAAGUGACUGCACGUGGGCCUCCUGGCACGCUGGUGCGCUGCGUCUGGGAGUCGCGGCCGGAGUGGAUGAAGGUCGGGGGCCUCUGGGAUGCAGCACCGUGCGUCUGGCAGCUCCCAGGUCUCCAACGACAGCGCCUGAAAGCGGCCUCGGGGUCACUCGCUCACCAGUCUUCCCUCCUGCCAAUCUUCCUGUCCCGGCUCCAUUAGUUCUCCCUGGACUCUGGACGUCACUGACCCAUGAGAGGCGCAUUCAGUGCUCUGGCAGCUGGAAGGAGCAUUUGGCUAACAUGAUGUGUAUUCAUCUCCCUCCUGGAACCUCAUGUGAAGAACCAGAGAAUGGGACAGCCGAGUGAAGAGGUCUGGAAGUACCUCCCUCCCACUGCAUCCUAUAAAAAGGAAACAACAGGUGUGGCACAGUCCUCAGCAGACGAAGAAAUGAGAAAAAUACCAAAUAAUGGGAACCUCAAGAUGACGAAGGUGGCGUAUCCCAUGGGGCUGUUUGUGUGCCUGUUCAUCUACAUUGCCUAUAUCAAGUGGCACUGGGCCUCAGCCACCCAGGCCUUCUUCAGCAUCACUGAGGCAGCUGCGGGGGCCAGGAGGGGCCAGCAGGCCCAAGGUCCCUUGGGGACUACUGCACAUGGUCACAAGGUUUUCUACGGCAUCAUGUUUGACGCGGGAAGCACUGGCACCCGAGUGCAUGUCUUCCAGUUCACCUGGCAGCCUGGAGAAACUCCCACCUUGACCCAUGAAACCUUCAAAGCACUGCAGCCGGGUCUUUCUGCUUAUGCUGAUGAUGUUGAAAAGUAUCACUUGGAGAUCAAGUACUAUCAGGAUGUGAAGAGCUUCUUUGAUUUUUCUGGCUGGAUGAGCACUCCAGGUAUUCAGGAAUUACUGGACGUUGCUAAACAAGACAUUCCUUUUGACUUCUGGAAAGCCACCCCCUUGGUCCUCAAGGCCACAGCCGGCUUACGUCUGUUACCAGGAGAAAAAGCUCAGAAUUUGCUACAAAAGGUGAAAGAAGUGUUUAAGGCAUCACCUUUCCUUGUAGGGGAUGACUGCGUUUCCAUCAUGAACGGAACAGACGAAGGCAUUUCAGCCUGGAUCACGGUCAACUUCCUAAUAGGCAGUUUGAAAACCGCGGGAAGCAGCAGUGUGGGCAUGCUGGAUUUGGGCGGAGGGUCCACUCAGAUCACUUUCCUUCCAAGAGUCCAGGGCACCCUUCAGACCUCCCCACCUGGCUACCUGACGUCACUGCAGAUUUUUAAUAGGACCUACAAGCUCUAUUCUUACAGCUACCUGGGGCUCGGAUUGAUGUCAGCGCGGCUGGCGAUUCUCGGUGGUGUAGAGGGGAAACCUGCAGAGGAUGGAAAGGAGUUGGUCAGCCCUUGUUUGUCUCCGAGUUUCAAAGGAGAGUGGGAACAUGCCGAAAUAACAUACAGAAUUUCAGGACAGAAAGCAGCAGUGAACCUCCACCAGCUGUGUGCCAGCAGAGUGUCGGAAAUCCUUCAGAACAAAGUGCACAGAACGGAAGAAGUGAAGGAUGUGGAUUUUUAUGCUUUUUCCUACUAUUAUGACCUUGCAGCAAAUGUUGGCUUUAUAGAUGCAGAGAAGGGAGGCAGCCUAGUCGUCGGAGACUUUGAGAUUGCAGCCAAGUAUGCUGUCUCACCCCCAGUAUGCCGGACAGUGGAGAACCAACCACAGAGCAACCCCUUCAUGUGCAUGGAUCUCACUUAUAUCAGCUUGCUGCUCCAAAAUUUUGGCUUCCCAGAGAACAAAGUGCUGAAGCUGACUCGGAAAAUCGACAGUGUUGAGACCAGCUGGGCUCUGGGAGCCAUUUUUCAUUAUAUCGACUCCCUGAAUAGACAGAAGAGUUGGGCCACGUAGUGGCUGAGCUGCCUGCUGUCCUCAACAACAGUGGCUCUGUCUCUGCAAGAACAGACCCUUUGGGAUCCUUUGAUGUGUUGGGAGGAGGCCACAACUCGAGCUGAGACUACUCCGCUUCCUUGCAGCCUUGCAGACCUGCCCUUGGACGGGCAGAGGCCUGGAACUUGACUCAGGCCCAACACCUCAUCGUACCUGCCUCAGCUCCAGGUGGAAAAUUAACUAGACAGGGAGAGGACGCAUGCCAAGGCCAGGAUGAUGCAUUCCCAUUGUUCCUAUCUUUCCCAUCUGCAGGGUUGGGCAGCUAUGACAUGCAUCCCUGUGAAUAGAGUCUUGUUUUGUGUCCCCACACCUGUCUACCCUCUACCUCCUCCCCCUAGGGCAGACCUUCACCUUCUUCCCAAGAGUCGGUGGGGAGGUUGUGCAGGCUGUCCUGGCUACCCUCAGGGUGAGCUGAGUGGGAAUCAUCAUGCCCUCUGGAGUGGUGGGUCGGGCAGGAUGCUGUAAACUCUGGACUUGAAGGUGUUCAUUCCUCCUUGGGUGUGGACAGGUGAAGUCAUCCAAAGGCCUGUUUCCUCAGUCCUUGGAUGGCUCAGGGUUAACUGCCGGAAUUGAAACUAUGAAUAGGAGGAAGGGCUGAGGGAAAUACCUCUUUAUGGCCCUCAUGUGCCCCAGCUCUUCAAGAAAGCCUGAAUGUGAGUGUGAACUGUAAAAUAUUUAUGGCUGUGCUGCAUGAGUGACGUCUGUCGUGCAGUGCUGAGUGCUUGUGUGGCCACUGUGUUCUGAGCCCCAGUGUAUGUAUUGCUGCUGUGAGCUGUGUACAGCCGAGCAAUAUAAGAGACACAACCCCCCUCAGGUCAGCUGGCACCGCAGUUCCCAGAACUGCCCUCUUGGAACUGCUUUCUCGUGGCUCUUCCCUCUUUAGCUCCACAGGACACUGACUUGGCCCUCCAGUGUCUAUGUUGCAGGAUCCGUCAAGGGGAGACGUGGGCUGAAUGCUGUGCACAGUGUGGUCCCAGGUUCACAGUCAUCUGUGGUGAAUGUACCAAUAUGCAGGAUAAGCCAACCUCAUAUGUUUCACUCAAAAUAAAGGUUUACAAGGAUUA